AUGGACUCGAGCAACCAAGCAAAUGCAUCCACGGGCAGUGGUUCAUCCCCCACAUCUUCGCCACUUUCGGAACCACCUACAACCCCGCAACUCGACAAUACUGCCUACACUUUGGACAAGGCACAUAACCACGAGUUCAAGACUUCAACUACUUCAUCAAUUGGAUCAUAUGGCGGUCGAUCCUCCCUAACUUCUCGAGCAUCUACUCCACUCUCAUCCCCCCCUCCAACUCCAUACCUCGACAACACCGCCAGCGAACUAAGCACCCCGGACAAAACACCUUCUCGAGCAUCCAAUCCCCUCUCAUCACCCCCUCCAACCCCACACCUCAACAAAACCGCCCGCACCCUGAACGAGUUACACGCCCACUCGUCCGACCACUCUCCCACUCUAGCAAUUCGAUCCCGUCUCCCCAAAGUUACAGGUCUUUCCUCAACCUCCACCUCGCGACCCACACAGCGCCAUGCUCCACGCCGCCCACUCAAUCUAGACAAGACAGAAGGCUUCAUGCCCUCUGCCGCGAAUGGAUUUAAAUUCAAGUACGACAGCCCGUCCGGCCGGACUGCGGAGGAGUUGGAUCUGCUGUUCGAGCUGCCUGCUGAUCCUCCGGAAGAGCCGCGAUAUAAGCGGAUGAUUAUGCGGUAUAAGCGCUUCGGAGAGCUUCCGAAGUCGGGGGAUGCGGAUGAGCCGGCGCCGGAGGGGUGGGGAUUAGGGAGGAUAGGCGAGUAG